CGCAGCUAGUGAUCCUCAACAUGUCUGCGAGUCUCUAAAAAACGGUCAAAAUAUUUAAUAUUAAGAAAUGUCUCAGCUGUCUGAUGAAGACGAGCAGCAGUUACAGACUCUGCUGAAGCAACUUCUGAGAAGCAUCAACGACCGAAUCUCUGCAGCUCCGUCUACUGAGUGUGCCGAAGAGAUCCUGCUUCACCUGGAGGAGACCGACAAGAACUUCCACAACUAUGAGUUUGUGAAGUACCUGCGUCAGUAUGUGGAGAGCUCACUGGGAGCUGUGGUGGAAGACGAGACCAAGACCUCGACCCGAGCAGACGGACAACACGCGAUCGGCUCGGGACACGACACGCUGAUCCACGCUGUGACCCGACGGACCAGAGAGUCGGCAGAAUACCAGCAGAUGAUGCAGACGCUGAAGAGCAGCAUGAUGAUGGUGGUCGAGUCUCUGAUCAACAAGUUUGAGGAAGACCAGCUGAGGAAGGAGGAGCUGCACCGAGAGCGGCAGCACGGCCAGUCCAACAGUCAGUACGCUGAUAACUGCUCAGACAGCGACUCCUCCUUCAACCAGAGUUAUGCAUUCAUCAGACAGGAGCAGCUACAAGCGUGGCUGAAAAAACUGGACUCCAGCAGACCUAAAGAGGUGCGUUGGGAGGCCCUGCAGGCUCUCUGCUGCGCUCCUCCGUCAGAUGUUCUGAGCUGUGAGAGUUGGAGCAGCCUGCGCAGGAACCUCUGUGCAGCUCUGAGCGAGUCCGACCCCGACCUCAGCGAAAACGUUCUUCAGUUCUUUGCUAAAAGUUUCUCUUCGUCUCCUCUGAAUGUGACGAGGGAGAUCUACACCAGUCUGGCUCACAGUGUGGAGUCCAUGUUUGCGUCUCACAAGCUGAACUUUGCAGCCGGCGUCGACGUCAACAGACCUGAGAUCAGCCGGCCGCUCAAACAGAUUCGAUUGAUGAACGACUUUCAGAAGGAAGUGACGACGUUUUGGAUCCGACAUCCAGAGAAAUACAUGGAGGAAGUGAUAGAGAGCACUUUCUCUCUUCUCUCCUUCCAUCACGACCGCGGCUCCACGUCUCCUCGCUGUGAGAAAACUCUGGAGCCGGUUCACCUGCUGGCUCUGCUGGAUGUUAAAGCUACCUGGUUCAAGAAGUGGAUGCACGGCUUCUACAGCAGGACGGUUGUUCUCAGACUCCUGGAGAGAAAAUACAAGUCUGUGGUUGUAGCAGCUCUGCAGCAGUGUGUCCAUUACAGUGAAUCCUGUGAGAGAUUCACAGACGAGUCAGCUGAUCUGCAGCCGGCGGAGCGUCAGAUAGGUUUGGUUCAGAGGAGCGUUUACACCAGGAAGGAACUGGAAUACGUCUUCUUCGUCCACUCACUGUGUGUUUUGGGGAAACUUCUCAUUUACACCAACGGGAGGAAACUGUUUCCCAUCAAAGUGAAGAAUCGCAAAGAUCCGGUGAGCCUCACAGAUCUGGUCGUCAUCCUCAUUAACAUCAUGUACCAACACCCUAAACCCCUGCACCACGCCCCAACGUCACACACAGACUCUCUGUCUCCCAGCAGUCUGGUGAUGGAGCUGCUCUGGACUCUGUGUGAGAGGAACGAUGCUGCAGAGAGUCUCCAUCAUUCUGCUGUUAUUCAGACUCUGCUGGAUCCUGUUAUAGCUCUACUCAAUGAUCAACAGGUCAGAUUAAAGUCUCCUGCAGUCACGUUGACUCUGAUCGCUGAUGUUCUCGCUCGCAUCGCCAACACAGACCGAGGUUUAUCUCUGUUCCUGUAUGAGAAGAAUGUGCUGCUGGCUCACAGUGAGAGAACCUCAGCCGCUCACAUCAUCGUGCGGUUCACCCUGAAGCUGCUGGAUAAGGAUCUGUCGUCUCUGACUGAAUCAGACGUGUGUCAUUCGCUGUGCGGAGCGUUCAUCUUCGUCUGCAGACAGAUGUACAACACGUGUGAAGGUCUGCAGGCGCUCAGACUGUACGGACUGCACCGAGCUGCUGCUGCUGCCUGGAGGAAGACCAGCUGUUUAUCUGAACGGAUUCUGACUCCGAUUCCCGGAGCCGACGCUGCUUCUUCCUCUCAGGAUCCUCACAGCAG